AUGCAAAAAUAUCAGCAACGAUUACUUGUUUUCGUUCUAUUCAUUACAACUACAUAUGCAGAUACAAAAAUCCAAUCUUUUGGUCCGCUUAGUGUUGUUAAAAAAACUGGUGAUCUAUCCAGUGUUUAUCCUACUCAUAUCGAGGUAGGAGCGAAAGUUACAGAAUGUUCAAAAUCAACAUCAACAUGUGAAUGUAGUGUAAAAACCACUGGAAUAGAUGAUGAUCCAGUACCUUUAACGUUUACAGCAGAAAGCGAGGACUUAGGUUCUGCACAGAUUUCGAAUCUUCGACCGCUGACAAAAUAUACAUUUACUUUGACAUGUAGUUUUAGUGCUACUGAAACUGAAACUAAGACUGAAACUAUUAUAACAGAUUAUGAUCGUCCAUUACCACCAAAAAAUGUCGCAGCAUCAUUAGUUUUCAAAAAGAUUAUCAUUACGUGGCAACAUGAAACAACAUCGAGCAUCCCAAUUAAUUUUUAUAAGAUAAUAUUUGAUGGCAAACAUACUACAAAUCUCACGAAUGACAGAACUUCAUUUGAAAUACCUAAUGACUAUGAAUAUAAUACUAAACAUACAAUUAAUGUUCAAGCUUGUAAUAUAAACAAUCAAAAACAUGCAGUUUGUUCACGUCUAGAAGGAAAUGAAGAGAAAUUUCAACAAACAGCGCCAACAGAUGCUCCAACCACCACUAUUGCCGCUACUGCCGGUCCCACUCCAACAGAAAUGACAUCACCACCAGCAUCAGCAACAUCAGCAGCAACAACAACAAGUACUCCUACAUCGACAAAAUCUAUCGGAGUUCAUUCUUAUACAAUUUCUAUUCCAAUAAUUAUUUUUUCUCUCUUUUUCUUUUUAUUAAAGUAA